CUUUCGACGCCUUGCGCUCCCUAUCGACCGGUCCCCAGUUACAGGUGGUUUUUUUUUGCAUUGAGUGCCCCAAUCAUUAAUACUACACCGAAAAGGUUGUUCGAACUUUUUUCUAAGGACACUAAUACCGUUUUAAAACUGUUGAAAAUUAUUUUCUGUGCCGUGCCCGUUGGGGUUAUCACCCAAUUUCUCGAGAAAAUGAAGACGGAAGACAAGAAUAAUAUGCCCAAGGUUCGGAUAGCAGUCAUAGGAAAAUCGAACGUCGGAAAAUCAGCGCUAACAGUCAGAUAUUUAACGAGGCGUUUCAUCGGCGAGUACAGGAGCAAUACAGAUCUCCUCUAUCGGCAAACGCUGACGUUGAACAAUUCGGCGCUGGAAGUGGAAAUCGUGGACGUUUGCAGUUGCGACCUGAAGACCUUCCCGGAGGAGGCCAUCCACUGGGCCGACGCCUGCAUGGUCGUCUACGACAUCACCUGCCAGAAUUCCUUCAAGCAAGCCGGCGACAUGUUGCAGAGAGCGCUCAAUCUCAGGAGCAACAUGCCCACGGUGUUGCUGGGCAACAAAGCCGAUCUCGAGCAUUUAAGACAAGUGGAGGAAUUGGACGGUAGAACGUUGGCAGUGCAGAAUAAUUGCCAGUUCUUCGAGGUGUCGGUGGCGGAGAAUUCGUCCGCGAUAUACACGGCGUUCGAUUCGGUAUUGAACGAUUGCCGUUCGAUACAAUCGUCGCAUAAAACGCGGAAGUUUUCCGUGUCGAAGAUGAUCGGUACUUUGAUCGGGACCGGCAACAACAAGGCGCCCAACGCGAACCAAGGCGGCACCGUCGUCGUUUGCCACAAAUCCGAUUUGUACAAGUCGAGAGUGCUCAGGAGGCGGCAGAACUUCACGGCCACCGCCUCCCUUUGACUAUCGACCAAAGACGAGUUGGACGCACGGUAAUUUUGUUAAUUUUUUUUUGGGUCUGAUUUUUCUGUCGCGCUCGGAAUUUUGUUCGAUUUUCGAGGGUCUUUUGUUCGUCUCUCAGUUUUAUGAGGGAUUAGAUGUUAUUUUGUGAUUGCGAUGGUCGAGUUUUUACUUUUUUUAUUAUCGAAAUAUGUCUGUUAGGUUUCGUAUAUCAUGUUCAAGAAGAAGGACGUGCGGUUAGAUAAUUUAUGAGAAAAUGAAGUUUUUAUUUCGUCGAUCAAAUCGAUGAUUGAUGUGGAUUUGUUCGCGUGUCCUUCGUCUUGUUAGUCAAUUAGAGUAUUUGAGAUUAUUUACAACCGGCAGAAAUGUAUUUUUUGUUAUAAACUCAUUCAAUAUUAGGGAUAUCGAUAUGAAAUCGAUUCAUAAAAUACGUAUCAAAUUUAAAUUUCAAUUCGCCGAUUACAAAUUCGAUAUUCCUAUAAAAUACUAAUAUUCAUAGCCAGUCUAUUUACUCUAUUAGAUAGCUUCAUAGAAACGUUUCCCGAGAUAGAUAUCUAUUCAUUCACAUGUGAUCUAUAAAUACACUGUUUAAUUUUCACUACUGUUGAAAUAUAUUUUCAUUAUUAAGCGUGCAUUUCCCGAAAUAUCCUGUUAAAAAACGCUUUCACAGUAGUGAAAUACAAUCAUUGUGUUAGUCGGUAGAUAAUUCAUUAUUCUCUGCAUUGUAUUGGAUAAAUGUUUAGUAGAAAAUUUCAAAUUGAAAUUCUGGAGUUGAUUUACACUCGCAUCUUAUUUUUGUCAAGAUUGAAUUUGUUAAGAACUUUAGGUUUUAUAGGCAUGAAUUUAUAAAUAUAACGUUUUGUAAAUAUUUUUGCAAAAUUUAGAUCUCCCUAUUUUUAUUACAUAUGUUUUCAAAUGAAUCAAAGGCCGGCUUUUUUGAACAAAUUCGAUCUAAUUUGUCCGAAUUAAUAACGUCUUAUUUGUAAACAGCCGGCCUGUUGGAAUAUUUUGUACCAUAAAUUUUGAAAAUAUUUCUUCAACUUGAUAGGAAAAAAUAAAUAACCGGGCGAUUUUCAUGCAUAGGAAAGGAAAACAUUUUUAUUAUUUGUAAAAAUUAAUAUAGUGGCUGUGAUUGUCUAGUCGAAUAAUUUUAAAUAAUUAUUAAAAGUACUUUUCAAUAAGUAAACCAAAGAAAAGAGAUUAUUUUUAAACUGAUUUUGGAUUUAUUAAUUGUGUAAACUAAAUUAAAUUUCUUUACCACAAUUUACAAAAUUUAACUUUUGGUUACAAUGAAAGAUUUUAAAAGUGUUUUCCAGUUUUUGUACAACUACCGCAUAUUUACAAAAGUAUAAAUAUUCCAUGGUUCUAUUACGAUAUAUUUUAUCUACAAAUUCUUUAAUAGGAAUGUAGAACAUAAAAUUCUAUAUUCUUGUUGCUGAUGUAAAUCAUCUAAUAAUUGUCUAUAAAAUGAUUGUAGUAAAAUUUGUAAUGUAGGUACUUAUCUAAUUGCGAAUUAUUCGCUUUUUAACAGAUGAGUGUAUUAUGUGUGUAUGGUGUAUUAAAGAAAAGGCUGUGAUACAAAUCGUAUGAUUUUUUUAUAUUAUCUAUGUGUAAGGAAAACUUGUAUUUAAAAUUAGACUUAUG